GCUCACAGAUUCUGUGCAAAGAGAAUUCACUACAUUCAAAAAUGCGAUUGACAUUUGCAAUUCUGCUCUUUACCAGCGCCACGCUUGCAUCAAGUAAAUUGAAAACUAUUUAUGAGUGGAAAUAUAUUGAUUAUAUGUGGGAAUCACCAGCUCAGAAAGAAAGAUAUUUACAGAAUGGUGAAUAUGAUUACACGAACAUUGUGCCGAUAGACGUAGAUAAAGCAAGGGAUGGUCGCGUUUUCGUCACUGUCAUUAGAAAUCGUGGUGUGCCAGCAAGUUUGGGCGUAGUUACCGAUCGAAUUGGUCCAUCUGGCCCACUUUUGAAACCUUAUCCUAAUUGGUAUUGGUAUAAAAAAGUUAGUUCGGCUCUUAAGUAACAACUGAUACGAGCUUUUUUUCUUUUUUUUUUAUUAUCGUGCAGAUGGAUGAAUGCAACCAGCUC